AUGGUCCUAGUCAUGGCGACCGCGCCAGCGAACUUCCUGCUCGCUAGCUGGACCCUUCCGGUGUGGACCCUGAUCUUGGCGACGGCCCUCUCGUUGCCGCUGCUUGUCUACUACCAGCAACGCCGGUCUUCCAAGGCAGAGCCCUUUUUCAACUUUGCCGGGUUGCCAGCUGAAAUCCGCAACAUGGUCUACGAGGAGCUGGUGGAACCCGACUGCAACCCCUCUUUUCCAACCGAAGCAAUGCGCUCACCGCGCCCUUUACGAAUGAUGUCCUGGAUCCCGAGUCAGAAGAAGCCCAGCUAUCCAAAGUAUGGCAUACUCCUGGCCAGCCGCCAGCUCCACCGGGAAUUCAUGGACGUGCUGUGCAAGCGCGCAACAUUCACCCUGAAUGUGGAUCGCUCGAACGAGCAGAGCACGAAUCCCUGGCCUCUGAGUCGCGACAGCGUGUGCAAGAUCCGCAGUUGCGAAAUCCGCAUCAUUGCCACAUCCAACAUGCUCGGGUCGCGAGAUCCGCGCUCCAUGCCGCGUGACUGGGGACUGAGGAACCGCGUGUCCCGCAGUCUGAGCGCAAUGAGACGGGUUGAGAAGCUCAGGCUUCAUGUGCAUGCGGUGCCGGACCGCAUGUGGAACCCGCUGUGGCUGUGGAGCCAAGUGUCGCAGCAGUUCAAGGACCUGGCAGAGCCACGCUUCACCGCCAUCACCUUCGGCCUUGAGUCUUGGACGCUCGGGGAGAACUGUCUGAAAAGAGACGAGGAGGGACGAUGGAAGUGGACGUGUCCGGCGGAUCACGUGGUGACGGACGACCCGGAAGGCUGGCAGCCGAUUCGAGAGUUCUGCGCGGCGCUGUACCUCGAGUGCCGUGAGUGCCAGCGCAGCAGAGCGGAGAAUGCAGGCUCGGCUUAA